AUGUCCGAUGACGAGGGUAUUUCUAUCUAUGACGAGGUCGAGAUCGAAGAUAUGACUUUUGACGAGGCUAUGGGAGUUUACCAGUUCCCAUGUCCUUGUGGCGACAAGUUUCAGAUCACACUCGAGGAUUUGCUGGACGAGCAGGAUAUUGCCGUGUGCCCUAGUUGCAGUCUCAUGAUCCGGGUCAUUUUUGAUUUGCCACCGUUCCGCCGUGAGCACGACACCUUUAAGGAGCUUGAAGCUGCUCUGUCCAACCCAACACCGGUAAAUCGGCCACAAAUUCCGGAAUCCUUGGACAUUUCAUUUUCGCAACGUCCUCAACUCAACGCGAACGGAAAUCCCUGCUUGUGUAGGAUAAGAGAGGCUCCAGGGUACGUUGAAGCCCGGCUGAUGCUGGUUCACGGUACUCUAUGUCGUCGCCACGAUCAGCUAAUUUACAAGGGCGACAGGCAGGGAGGAAUUGAGGCCCCAGUCAAGAAAGAUAAGAGCACAGUACAAAACGGCAUGUCGGAAAUAAAUUUCCCGCCCAGCUUUUACUCCGUUGAAUCAGGGUUCUUGCCAAGCUUUCAGAGAUAA